UGGCGCGGCGCGGCGCGGCCAUGGCGGGGCGGCGCGGGGCGCUGAUCGUGCUGGAGGGCGUGGACCGCGCGGGCAAGAGCACGCAAGCCGGCCGGCUGGUGGCCGCGCUGAGCGCCGCGGGGCGCCGCGCCGAGCUGCUCCGCUUCCCAGAAAGAUCAACUGAAAUUGGAAAGCUUCUGAGUUCCUACUUAGAGAAGAAAAGUGAAGUGGAGGACCAUUCUGUGCACCUGCUGUUUUCUGCGAAUCGCUGGGAACAAGUGCCAUUGAUUAAGGAAAAGUUGAGCCAGGGAGUGACCCUCGUCGUGGACAGAUACGCGUUUUCUGGUGUUGCCUUCACGGGUGCGAAGGAGAACUUUUCCUUGGACUGGUGUAAACAGCCGGACGUGGGCCUUCCCAAACCCGACCUGGUCCUGUUCCUUCAGCUGCGCUUGGCAGACGCAGCCCUGCGGGGGCAGUUCGGCCAGGAGCGCUACGAGGACAGGGCCUUCCAGGAGCGGGCGCUGCAGUGCUUCCAGCAGCUCAUGGGAGACGCCACCGUGAACUGGAAGAUAGUCGACGCUUCCAAGAGCAUUGAAGACGUCCACAAGGAAAUCCUCACCCUGUCUGAGGACGCCAUCCGCGCUGCCGCUCAGACGCCACUGGGGGAGCUGUGGCAGUGACCCAGGCUGCCCUGGAGACACCUGCCCCCUGCGGGAGGCCCUGGCACCCAGCGGUAUUGAGUUUUGGGAGCUGUUUCCAGUGGCAGAGAUCUCAGCU